UUCAGGUAGCAGGUAGCUGGUAGUACAAGGACAUUAUCGGGUAAGCGGGCACGCCCCUUUCCCAAAACGAUUAUGAAUUUAAGUUAUCCUUUCCCGUGUUCAGAAAAAUCGUAUAUAAACUGGUGCAAGAUCACCAGAGCUACAGUUGUAAGCUGCAAGCGCUCACAAGAACUACUAAGUAUUCUAAAUUAUUUCCACGAAGUUUCAACUUAAAUUAAAGAAGAACAAGAUGACUUUCUAUCAACAACCCGAUCAAGCAAAAAAAUUAUACUACUCCAAGAUGUGGAACGGCGACUACCGUCCAGAGAACGGUGUGAGCAGCUCAACGGCUGGACACAAGCCUAACAAUGGGAAUGCCAGGAAUGGUGUUCUGCAGCAGCAACGUCAACAAAAUCGACCACAACAACCACAGCAACAAAAUCGACCACAAAAAACACAACAACAACAUCGGCAACAGCAACAGCACUGGCCUCAGCAGAAGCCAGUCAAGCAGCUCGGCCUGACGUCCGCCAUCAGCUUGGCUGAGCCCAGUACUGAAGAAUUGCUGCAGACCGCUGAAUUAAACAAAGCUUUAGAACCAUUUGAUGUGUUCGAAACUCAAGCGGAGCUUAAUCAGCGCAUGCAAAUCUUAGCUAAGCUCAAUACGCUGGUCAAGCAGUGGAUCAAAGACGUCUCAAUAGCAAAGCAUGUGCCCGAGGCCGCUGCCGAAAAGUUGGGUGGCAAAGUCUACACUUUCGGUUCAUAUCGUCUGGGCGUACAUCAUAGAGGCGCCGAUAUUGAUGCGCUCUGUGUGGCGCCACUUUAUGUCGAACGCACGGAUUACUUCACCACAUUCUUUGAGUUGUUGAAGCAGCAAGCCGAAGUGACCGAGUGCCGUGCGGUGGAAGAGGCCUUUGUGCCGGUCAUAAAAAUGAAAUUUGAUGACAUUGAAAUUGAUUUGUUGUUUGCGAGUCUGUCGCUCAAGGAGAUACCGGACGAUUUCAGUUUGAGCGAUAAUAAUUUGCUGCGCAAUCUGGAUCCGCGUUCGGUGCGCAGUUUGAAUGGCUGCCGUGUGACCGACGAAAUACUGCAACUAGUGCCGAAUGUAGAGAACUUCCGCUUGACGUUGCGAGCGAUCAAGUUGUGGGCAAAAAAACAUGGCAUUUACUCAAAUUCGCUGGGAUACUUUGGUGGCGUGACAUGGGCGAUGUUGGUGGCGCGCACCUGUCAGCUUUAUCCGAAUGCUACGGCCGCCACGCUCGUGCAUAAGUUCUUUUUGGUCUUCUCGCGUUGGCAGUGGCCACAUCCGGUGCUGCUCAGACAACCCGAAAAUGUAAAUUUACGGUUUCCGGUGUGGGACCCACGUGUGAACGCUGCGGAUCGCUAUCAUCUGAUGCCCAUAAUAACACCGGCAUAUCCACAACAAAACUCCACAUUCAACGUGUUGGAGUCAACCAAAAAGGUUAUAGUUAAGGAACUCAACCGUGGCUUGUCCACGCUCGAUGAAAUUAUGCGCGGAAAUGCUUCAUGGAACCGACUCUUCCAGGCGCCAAGUUUCUUUUAUACAUACCGCCACUUUUUGGUGCUUUCAGCCUCCUCAACAACUGCUGCUGAUCAGCUGGAGUGGUGUGGCCUAGUCGAAUCGCGGAUACGCCUAUUGGUUGCUAAUCUAGAGCGCAAUGAACAUAUUUCAUUGGCGCGCGUGAAUCCGAAAUGUUUCGACUAUAAGAAGUGUGAUGCAAAGACGCAGAGUGAAAGUGGUACUCCAACAGCUUUCCAAGCACCAUUCUGCUCGAUGUGGUUCAUCGGCUUGGAAUUCGCAAGCGCUAAGAAUUUGAAUGUGAACCUUACAGCGUGUAUACAAACCUUCACUGACCAGGUCAUGCAGCAUGCGGCAAACAUAAAUAUGCUGAAAUAUGGUAUGCAACUUGACACGUGUCACGUGAAGCGUAAGGACCUCUCGCAGUAUUUGGAUAAGGAUUUUUUGAAACGCGAACGCAAAGCCAUGGAGCAACAUACGAAUUUUGAGAAUGCAAUUUCAGCGAAGGCCAAACGUUCGUCAUCCGAGAUGUCUUCAGAGGAAGAGGGUGGUAUUGCCAAGAAGUCGCGCUCUAGCGGAUCGGAAGAUAGUUCUUAGUUUUAUAUAUGUUUUGUAGAGGUAUAAAACGAACUAGAAAGAAAUGUAUUAUUGUUUAAUAUUACUAAAUUUCGAAAAAAAUAAUUUUGUUAACUCUUAUUAUUCGUGUGCAGUUGAAAUGUAUUUUUUCUAUAAAAUAUAUAUAUAAAAAUAUAAUAAAAAAAUGUUGUAAAUGGCAAACAAAUUAUUCAAAAUUUCAUCAUAUUAACCUGAUUUCAAAACCACAUUAAUAAAAUUAGAAAAAUAAAAUAAAAUGUUUUUAAAUAAAGUUUUUAAUUAAAUUUUCACAUU